AUGCCGAAGGAUUCAUAUACCUUUCUUAGCGAUGCACAUAACUCCACGUCAUGGCUUGAUCAUUGUAUGAUAUCUUACUCAUUGAAAAGCCAUAUUAAUUCAAUAUCGAUAGAUUAUAAUGUAGACUGGUCUGAUCAUAGGCCGCUAUCAAUUACACUCAAUUCAAAGAACCUUACCCAUGCCAAAAGCAUCACAGAAACGCCAAAAGCUUUGCCAAUCACUUGGAAGGCAAAAAGUGACCAAGAAUUAACAAAAUACGCAAGAGAAGCAGAUCUCAUGUUGCAUAAAAUUAAACCGCUAGACGUCACUAACAUUACACAAUUGAGUCGGGAGGUAGCGACAAAGUUAAUAGACAAUAAUUAUGAACAGAUAGUUUCGUCUCUAAGGGCAGCUGCUUAUCGAGUCUUCGCUCUUAAACCAUCAAACGGAUCGAAGAAGCGCAGAAUACCAGGAUGGAAUGAGCGGGUCAAACAGGCCUAUGCAACAUCGAAAGAGGCUUUUAUCAAUUGGGUUGCCGCAGGUAGACCCUCGACCGGGGUGGUGGCGGAGAAAAGGUCAAGUACUAAGAAAGAUUUCAAAAAGGAAUAUAAAAAAUGCUUGAGAGAUUCCGAGGAAAUCAAGGCCAGCAGGAUAGCACUUAGUCUUCACAAUAAGAACUUUAAUAGCUUCUGGAGACAGACAAAUAAAGCUAUGAAGACAAAAAACAAGACGUUGGCUGUUGAAGUUAACGGAAAAUCGGACGAAAGGGAGAUAGCUAAGGAAUUUGCCAGCCAUUUUGGUUUCACAACUAGUCACCCGGCAGACAAAACACCUAUGUCGCGUAGAAUUAUUUCUAUUUCCGCCGCUGAGGUCGAUAAAAUCAUCCAAUGUGAGAACAGAAAUAAGGCGGCAGGACAUGACGGCCUUGUGGCUGAGCAUUUGACAUAUUCAGGCCCCUACCUACCGACACUGUUAGCCGCUCUGUUUAGCGCUUGUCUCACUAUGUGUCACAUACCAACCGACAUGAUGAAAACCACUGUACUCCGUGACGUCAUCUCGUGGUCGUCAUCCCUCCGCAGCGAGAUGUCGUCCCCAGCUGCCGCACGCUCAGCAGCAGCGGCACAGGCUCAGAGGGCGCACCACGACGGGGCGGAGGUAGACGCGCUCGACAACAUGACGAUGAGGAACAUCCCAGCUCAGCGGUUAGAGAUCAAGGAGCGUUGUCGCGCGGUAGUAGAGGAGCGCGGCCGCCUCGCUAACGCGUGGGCCGCUCGGCAGGCAGUGAAAUAUCUCCAACCAGCAGCACGAGGCCUUCGAGAAACAAAGUUGGCGACACAGGAUGAGAAACUAUCCACACUGAACAGCCACGGGGACACUACUACUGUAACAGAACCACGUGAAGUGACGGACCUGGAAGACAAGAUCAAGAAGCUGCAGAGACACCAGGCGUUCACAGCUGAGCUGGUGGCGAACAGGACGAACCUGGACGAGGUCAAACAGCUGGAACCCGAUAGAGAGGUGGCCAAGGAGCUGGAACAGCUGGAACGAGAGUGGACUACGCUCGAGGACGCCGAGGAACAAAUAGGUCGCGGUUUAGAGGACGCCCAGGAUAUUCUGGGGUUCAACCAGCACCUGAACAAAAUAUGUAGAAGCCUGGAUAAGGGACAAGGAACUGAUGCUAACGAGACCGGUCGCGACUACGAGCACUGCACCGCCCUUCUACGGAAGCUGGAUGACUUGGACAGCGACAUGAAGGUGGAUGACAAUCACGUCAAGAGCGUGCAGGCCUUGGCUGACAAGCUGUUGCAGCAGGGUCCGACCCAACACGCUGCCAGCGUCGCGGCCCGUCGUGUCGAGAGGCUGGCGGCAGCGCUACAGCUACACUCCUUCAACAGGGACGUCCAAGAGACAUCAGAGCGUCUGUCCCGCAAGGCAGCCUUAUUCCGCAGCGAGGAGUGUGUGAGGAGUAUGUGUGUGAAGAGGAGGCUGGAAGCAGCUGUCCGAGAGGCAGGAGCUAUAAGGGAUAGGAUACAACAACUGAAGAACGAUAGAGCAGCGCUCGGGAGGAGUCAUCCUGAACAGCGUGAGAUAAUCGAGUCCCAGCUGUCUCAGAUGGAUCAAGGCUGGGAGCAGCUCGAGUGGGAGGUGUGGGUAACAGAGACGGUGAAGCGCCUGGACCGCGCAGAGCCCGACAGCGUUACAGACGCCCAGGCACUACUGGAACACCGCCACGAGACCAAGGCUGAGAUAGACGGUCGCCAGAAAGCUAUCUCAUCUCUACAGAAGGAGGUUGAGCAGGCCCAGGAGUUGGAGAAGGUGAAGCGAGUGGAGAAGCUGGCAGCUGGACUGAACCAGGCCUGGCUGCAGAGGAAACAGUAUCUCACACAGAUAAUACCCCCGGACCUAUUACCAUCCAUCUUUGAGAAUGCCCUCGAGAGUGAUGUGUUGUCAUCAGUACUGAGAACUGUUCACAACAAUAUGGACCGUUUCCCUCACUCUGUGGCCGCCGACCUAAAGAAUAUAUGUGGAGUGAAACGAUUCUCAGCUUUAGCUAUGUUCCUUAGCGCUAUAGACAAAGAAUCAUUUGCUUAA